UUAGUUUGUUAGUUAUGUGACUAGCCUGGAAUUACUUUUAUUGUGGUAAUCGUGAAGUUUGGACUCUGCACCGUGUACUUUCGAUUCCAUGCCGAUAUUUUAUUCUUAUCAUUUAUUGCACUGUAGGUGCUGUUCUACAACUCGAGUCGAUCGAGACAAGUCAAUAUUUAAAAUAAUUGAUUAGUUGUUACCGCACUUUCUGAAGUGUGGCCGCUUGCAAAGGUCGAUUACAAUUUGUGUGAUCAGUGACUUCAAAUAUCUCUAAAAAUCAAUUCAGCUCGACAAUGGCAUCGCCAAUGAGAAAUCUGUUUAAACAAGCCAUAAGAAAACAGAAAUUCCUGCCAUCAUAUUCAACUGUUGGUCUGAAGAAGCCACUUCUUGCUGAAAAAAACUUGUUGACCUCUGUGUACGAUGAUAUACCGCAUUCCAACGAUACAGUUAGCGAAUUUGUUUGGAAAACAAUGGACAGAUGGCCUGAUAAAACGGCGACUGUAUGUUCAGUAACUGGGCGUGGUUACACAUAUGCACAAUUAUACAGGAUUUCCAAUGUUUUCGGAGCCUCCCUCCGCUUGAAACUGAAACUACGGGAGGAUGACAAAGUGGCCGUCAUUCUACCGAACGUUCCCGAAUAUCCGUGUAUUGUGUUGGGCGCUUUGCAGGCCGGUUGUAUCGUUAGCCCAAUGAACCCUAUGUAUACAACAGAGGAACUAAAACGACAGUUAGAACUUAUUGAAUGCAAACUUGUGAUAACAUCCAAACUAUCAUAUGCAAACGUCGUGCAAGCACUACAGUCCUUGCAGAAGACAGUGCCAAUAAUAUUAAUAGAUAACGAAGGUUUACCUGAAGGCACGAUUAAGUUCGCCGAUUUCGCCGAGGAUUUGAACGCGGAUACCAAUUGCUUGAAGUCCGUCAAAAGGAAUGCAGAUGAUAUUGCUGUUAUACCAUUCUCGAGUGGCACUUCAGGGUUCCCUAAAGGUGUUGUGUUAACCCAUAGAUCUAUGGUUGCUAGCAGUACAAUGAUCGCGUCUCCUGAAAUUAUGGCGAUUUUGGAAACAACUGCAACGCAGCAGUCGGUCUUCGCUGCAGUGAUUCCAUUCUUCCACAUAUUCGGGUUUAACAUUCUGAUGUUGAGUCAACUGUACCUGGGUUGUAAGCUUGUCACACUGCCGCAGUUUAAACCAGAACUGUUCCUGCAGACUGUAGCGAAGUACAAGACUGAUAUCUUAUUCAUGGUGCCGCCUAUUGCGGUGUUCCUGGCGCGGCACCCGGCUGUGACCGCCGCUCACCUGGCGCCGGUGACGUCCAUCAUCUGCGGGGCCGCGCCUCUGUCUCCGGAUGAUGCUGAUGCACUUGUUGCCAAAAAAAAUAACUUAUACUUCCGUCAAGGCUACGGUCUUACCGAGACAUGUGGCUCAUUCUCCGUGGGCAAGAAGUCGGAUAGAAACCAUACGUCAGUCGGCCACGUUCUGGCCAAUUGUCAAGCCAAAAUAGCAGAUAUGGAAACGCAUCAGGCUCUCGGACCUGGAGAAGAAGGAGAGCUUUGGAUACGCGGUCCCAACGUCAUGAACGGCUAUUACAAAAACGAUGAAGCAACGAACAGUGAUUUCACAGACGAUGGCUGGUACAAGACUGGAGAUGUGGCUAAAUACGAUGAAAACAAAUAUUUGUACGUCACAGACAGACUGAAGGAGCUCAUUAAGGUCAAAGGCUACCAAGUGCCACCAGCAGAAUUGGAGACGAUCAUCAGAACGCAUCCGAAAGUAGCUGACUGUGCGGUUUUGGGCGUUCCAGACCCCAACACGGGGGAAGCACCCAAAGCCUUCCUAGUACCCCACGCAGGUCAAGAGUUAAAACCCGAAGAACUGAUAGAAUAUGUUAACAAUAAAGUCACGUCGUACAAAAAAAUAAAACACGCGCAAAUAAUUGACGAAAUACCCAAGAAUCCGGGUGGUAAGAUUUUGAAACGAGUUUUGAAGGCCAAGUAUUGUUAAGUAUAAA